GACAUCAAACCAAACAUACCACUGUGCAUGAUAGUUUGUAUUGUUGCUGUUGACAAGUCUUCUGAGCUUUUUAUUUACGUUGGUUCUUGAUUUGUCAUGACAAUAAUUUGUGUUUUAGUCAUGCUUUUAGCUCCUUUUCACGGCUCUGGAAUUUGGCGAGUGACCCUUGACCCUGUUGAUGCCGGCGGUCCCUACAACGUGACUGCUGGGUGUCRGAACAGCACCCAGACUCUGACAGAUGUGCUGUUUGGAGACAUCUGGCUGUGUGGAGGACAGAGCAACAUGUGGCUCCAAACCUCUAAGAUUUUCAAUGCAUCUGAGGAGCUGGCCCUUUCGUCUAAAUAUCCCCAUGUGAGGACUUUCAUGGCAGAUUUGAAAACGAGUGACACUGAGCUGAUUGAUCUCAUCCAYGUGGAGCUGCCCUGGUCUGUGCCCACAGCCAAAGUGCUGUCCCAGUUUUCUGCCGUGUGCUGGCUCUUUGGACGCUACAUGUACGACAGGUUGAAGUACCCCAUCGGGCUGGUGGAGUCCUGUUGGGGCGGGACGCCUGUGGAGGCCUGGUCGUCUGUCAGAGCUCUGCAGCUUUGUGGACUGGAGCACCCUGAGGACAGUCCCCAAACGCAAAACUCUGUCCUGUGGAACGCAAUGAUCCACCCGCUCCUCAAUAUGACCAUCUACGGUGCCAUCUGGUAUCAAGGUGAGGCGAAUGCAGGUUAUCAUAAGGACCAGUACAACUGUUCUUUCCCCGCUAUGAUCGAUGACUGGAGGAUGGCGUUCCACCAAGGCUCUGGGUGGCAGACAGCUCUGGACUUCCCGUUUGGAUUUGUUCAAUUGUCCACCUACAAUGAAAACUCAACAGAUGAUGGCUUCCCAGACAUCCGCUGGCACCAAACAGCCGAUGUGGGCUUUGUCCCAAAUUCCAGGAUGAAGAAAACCUUUAUGGCCGUGGCCUUCGACUUACCUGAUAAAACCUCACCGUACGGCAC